AUGCCGCGAUCGGUGUCUCCGAUACCGGACGACGAGGUGCUGUCAGGCCGAAAGUGGGCGCAACAAGUUCUAGAUCCGUGGGACUCGUUGAUACUCACGCUCGACGGGGGCGGCAUCAGAGGCUACUCCAGCUUGCUCAUCCUCAAGCGGCUGAUGCACGAGAUCGCUGUAUGGGAAGAGAAGCUAGAUAAAGAGCAGGGCAGCUCCUCGGAACCGGGACGAUUCAAGGAGCAGGAGCUGCUGCCAUGUCACUAUUUCGACUAUAUGUACGGGACAAGCACAGGCGGACUAAUAGCGACAUUGCUCGGCCGCCUACGCAUGUCCGUCCCGCAAUGCCUCGAGAUCUACCGGCAAGUCGGGGAGAAUCUUUUCGGACACAGACGCAGCAUAAUACCACUUACCACCAAGUACCAUCACAAGCCCCUAGAAAAAGCCGUACGCGGGAUAGUCCGGACCAAUUGCCCAAUAGACGGACCAGAGUGUGAUGGAGAAGACUGGUACCCCUGGACGAUCGACGAUACCUCAGAUCCGCCAUUCCCAAGCCAAGAAAACAACAAACACAAUGGGCUCUGCCAAAGCAUCUGCCUCACAGCAACUCACAACGGCCGCAUCGACGAGGCUUAUCUCCUGCGCACUUACGACCACCGCUACGUCGACCGCCCAAACUGGAUAACGCCCUACAACGAAGGCGCCGACAAGCUGCGCAUCUGGGAGGUAACCCGCGCUACCAGCGCCGCGCCCUUCUACUUCAAGAUCCUGGAAGCCGACAUCGCAGGCGAGGUGCGCCGCUUCAAGGACGGCGGCAUCCGCGAGAACAACCCGUCCGGCGCGGCGUGGAGCGAGUUUGUCAGUCUGCACGGCGGAGAUCCAGACGCCACGCCUGCGCUGCUGCUGAGCGUAGGAACCGGACGGCCCGACGUGUCUCAAGACGGCUUUGCGGCUGCGUGGCCCGGGCCGUUUGGCGAGAGUAAGCUGGUCAAGAAGGCGGCGGAGAAGUUUGCCGUGUUCAAGAACGUGCUUAUCAAGUAUACCGAGGGUGAGGAUCAGCAUAAAGCCAUGGUGGAGAUGGCUGCAAAGGGCGAGCAUAAGUGGUAUAAACGGCUCAAUGUCAGCGAGGGGCUUGAAAACAUGAAGCUGGAUAGCUGGCAGAAGGGCUUGUGGAAGAAUCCCGUGACAGGACUGGAAGAAGUGGUUCAUGGCGGAGCAACACUGACGAAUAUGGAGCAAGCGACGGAAAACUAUCUGCUGAGGGAGCUUGACAACCGUUUCGACACGUAUGCGCCCCCGAGGACUAUGCUGGUCCAGGCCGCUGAAAUACUUGUGCGGCAUAGACGCGCAAGGGAGCUUACCAACUCGGAGAGAUGGAACAAUCAUAUGGGCAGGCACCUCGCCGCCAGCCAACAAUCGACAGAGAGCUGA